AUGCCCAUAUCUUACCUGGCGUCACCCUAUCGAGCCAGAUUUCCCGAGUACGAUUUCCUCCACACCGUGUCGAUCCAGAACCAGCUUGUUGCUGAUUCGCUUAAGUAUGAUCUCACUUCAGUGGAGCUGUUUUACACACCUAUUCCACGGCUAGAGGGCUGGAUGGCUGUUUUCUUCAACAUGCUGACUAGGGUCAUCUGGGUGAUUGACCCACUGUACCACAACAAGUUAGCCUGCCCACCCACGGGGCAACGCGACGAGAUUAUAGCAUGGAAGCUGCAUGAUGCAUUGUUCACUUGUCUGAAUGAAUUCUACGCUGGAUGGCCAACUAGCAAGGAUAAUUGGACUCUCAAGUUCCCUUCCAUGACCGACUGCAUUUUCUCCUGUGCCGACACAGGCGGGUGUGUCCUCCAUGUGGCAAGGCACUUUGGUGCUCACAAGCUGAAAAUGCCACUCACCAAGGAUGCAGAUUGUGAAUAG